AUGGCUGGUACUUUUCUAUUUACUUCUGAAUCUGUUGGUGAAGGUCAUCCAGAUAAAAUCUGUGAUCAAGUCUCAGAUGCUAUUUUAGAUGCUUGUCUUGCUGAAGAUCCAAAUUCUCGUGUUGCUUGUGAAACCGCUGCUAAGACCGGUAUGAUUAUGGUCUUUGGUGAAAUUACAACAAAGGCUAAUUUGGAUUAUCAAAAGAUUGUUAGAGAUACAAUCAAAAAAAUCGGUUAUGAUUCCAGUGAUAAAGGUUUUGAUUACAAGACUUGUAAUGUCCUAGUAGCAAUUGAACAACAAUCUCCGGAUAUUGCUCAAGGUGUUCAUGAAGAAAAAGCUAUUGAAGAUAUUGGUGCAGGUGAUCAAGGUAUCAUGUUUGGUUACGCUACCGAUGAAACUCCAGAAGGUUUGCCAUUAACUAUUCUAUUAGCUCACAAAUUAAACAUGGCCAUGGCUGACGCUAGACGUGAUGGUUCUUUAGAUUGGUUAAGACCUGAUACUAAGACUCAAGUUACCGUUGAAUAUAAAAAUGAUCAUGGUAGAUGGGUUCCAUUAAGAAUCGAUACAGUUGUUGUCUCUGCUCAACAUGCUGAAUCUAUUUCUACUGAAGAUUUAAGAAAAUUAAUUAAAUCUGAAAUUAUUGAAAAAGUCAUCCCAGCUGAUAUGUUAGAUGAAAAUACUAAAUACUUUAUUCAACCAUCUGGUAGAUUUGUUAUCGGUGGUCCACAAGGUGAUGCUGGUUUAACCGGUAGAAAAAUUAUUGUUGAUGCUUAUGGUGGUGCUUCUGCCGUUGGUGGUGGUGCUUUCUCUGGUAAAGAUUACUCUAAAGUCGAUCGUUCAGCUGCUUAUGCCGCUCGUUGGGUUGCUAAAUCUUUAAUUGCCGCUGGUCUUUGUAAAAGAGUCGAAGUUCAAUUCUCUUAUGCUAUCGGUGUUGCUGAACCAUUAUCUCUACAUGUUGAUACUUAUGGUACUGCUACUAAAUCCGAUGAAGAAAUUAUUGAAAUUAUUAAAAACAAUUUCGAUUUAAGACCAGGUGUGUUAGUCAAAGAAUUAGAUUUAGCUAAGCCAAUCUAUUUACCAACUGCAUCUUACGGUCAUUUCACUAACCAAGAAUAUUCUUGGGAAAAGCCAAAGACCUUGAAGUUUUAA